UAUUCCCAACCAUACCUCCCCUUUUUCACAACUCUUUCCACUCUUUUGACAUCAAAGUUUCUACAACUAUAAACCCUUACUCUACGAAAUCAUAAACCCAGAAUCUUCAAUGGCUAAUCCCACUCCUUCCGAUCACGCCAAGCCCUCUUCUUCGAAAAGUGACAAAAACUACUCUACUGCAAUUCUUGAGCGUAAAAAGGCUCCAAACCGCCUCGUCGUUGAUGAAGCAGUCAACGAUGACAACUCUGUGGUUACCAUCAGCCCUGCAUCCAUGGAUGAACUUGACCUAUUUCGAGGAGAUACAGUCUUAAUUAAGGGAAAGAAAAGGAAGUUUACAGCAUGCGUUGUGUUGGGAGAUGAGCAGUGUGAAGUAUCCAAAAUCAGGAUGAAUAAAGUUGUGAGGGCAAAUCUUCGAGUUCGCCUUGGAGAUGUUGUUUCUGUACACCAAUGCAACAAUUUGCAGUUUGGUAAAAGAGUUCAUAUUUUACCAAUUGAUGAUACUAUUGAGGGUGUUACUGGCAACCUGUUUGAUGCUUAUUUGAAGCCAUACUUUAUGGAAGCUUAUCGUCCAGUUACAAAAGGUGAUCUUUUCCUUGUAAGGGGAGGAAUGCGAAGUGUUGAAUUCAAAGUUGUCGAAACUGAACCUGCAGAAAUGUGUAUUGUAUCUCCUGAUACCGAGAUCUUCUGUGAUGGUGAGCCUAUUAGACGUGAGGAUGAAGAGAGAUUAAACGAGGUUGGUUAUGACGAUGUUGGUGGUGUAAGGAAACAAAUGGCUCAAAUCCGUGAACUUGUUGAACUUCCUCUUAGACACCCAAAACUCUUCUCUUCAAUCGGUGUUAAACCUCCAAAAGGAAUCCUACUCUACGGACCACCUGGUACUGGAAAAACGCUUAUUGCCAAAGCUGUUGCUAAUGAAACUGGAGCCUUCUUCUUCUUGAUUAACGGGCCAGAAAUCAUGUCAAAAAUGGCUGGAGAAAGUGAAAGCAAUUUGAGGAAGGCAUUCGAAGAAGCUGAGAAGAAUGCACCUUCUAUCAUUUUCAUUGAUGAGAUUGAUUCCAUUGCUCCUAAGAGAGAUAAGACUAAUGGUGAAGUUGAAAGGCGGAUUGUUUCUCAAUUGUUGACUUUGAUGGAUGGUCUUAAGAGCCGUGCUCAUGUUAUUGUUAUGGGUGCUACUAAUCGGCCUAAUAGUAUUGAUCCUGCUCUUAGAAGAUUUGGGAGAUUUGAUCGUGAGAUUGACAUUGGUGUUCCUGAUGAAGUUGGGAGGUUGGAAGUUCUCCGCAUCCACACCAAGAAUAUGAAACUUGCAGAAGAUGUUGAUCUUGAAAAAGUAUCAAAGGAAACACAUGGUUAUGUGGGUGCAGAUCUUGCUGCUCUUUGCACAGAAGGAGCUCUUCAGUGUAUUAGGGAGAAAAUGGAUGUCAUUGACUUAGAAGACGAGACAAUUGAUGCUGAAGUGUUAAACUCUAUGGCUGUUACAAAUGAACACUUCCAAACUGCCCUGGGAUCUUCCAACCCAUCCGCCCUGCGUGAAACAGUUGUGGAGGUUCCUAAUGUUUCAUGGGAGGAUAUUGGUGGUUUGGAAACUGUCAAAAGAGAACUUCAAGAGACUGUGCAAUACCCAGUGGAGCAUCCAGAGAAGUUUGAGAAAUUUGGAAUGUCACCUUCCAAAGGUGUUCUCUUCUACGGUCCUCCUGGUUGUGGGAAAACAUUGCUUGCAAAGGCAAUUGCUAAUGAAUGCCAAGCCAACUUCAUCAGCGUAAAGGGACCGGAGUUGCUGACUAUGUGGUUUGGAGAAAGUGAGGCAAACGUGAGAGAAAUUUUUGACAAGGCUCGUCAAUCAGCUCCUUGUGUUUUGUUUUUUGACGAACUUGACUCCAUUGCUACUCAGCGUGGCGGGUCAGGUGGAGAUGCCGGUGGAGCAGCUGAUAGAGUGUUGAACCAAAUGUUGACCGAGAUGGAUGGGAUGAACGCUAAGAAAACAGUUUUUGUGAUAGGAGCUACAAACAGACCAGACAUUAUUGACUCUGCAUUGCUAAGACCUGGAAGACUUGAUCAGUUGAUCUAUAUCCCUCUUCCUGAUGAAAGUUCCCGCCUUCAGAUUUUCAAGUCUUGUUUGAGGAAAUCGCCAGUUUCUAAGGACGUUGACCUUACUGCUCUUGCUCGGUAUACAAAUGGUUUCAGUGGUGCUGAUAUUACUGAAAUCUGUCAACGUGCCUGCAAAUAUGCCAUCAGAGAAAACAUUGAGAAGGAUAUUGAGAAGGAGAAGAAGAGAAGUGAGCACCCUGAAAGUAUGGAAGACGAUGAAAGUGAAGAGGUGUCUGAGAUUAAGGCAGCACACUUUGAAGAGUCGAUGAAGUAUGCACGAAGAAGUGUCAGCGAUGCAGACAUUAGGAAAUACACGUCGUUUGCACAAACGUUGCAGCAGUCUCGCGGGUUUGGUACUGAAUUCCGUUUUGCCACAAAUCAGAGUGCAACUGCUGCUGCUAAUGCAACCACUUCUGCUGAAGCCACUUAUGAUGGUGAUGAUGAUUUAUAUGAUUAGAAUUCAGAAUACGUAGUAACGUAGUUCGUAUAUUGUAGAGGUAUAAUUUAAGGUUUUAUGCAUGUAGUUUUAAUCUUAGUUGAUGAAACUCAAUUUAUGUUUCACAAUAUUCUUUAGCUUCAAUUGUAAUAACUCAUUUAUUGGAUCAAAAUAGCUAAUUUGACUAAUUGAUUUACUAAAAACGAUUAUUUUUAAAUUUUAAUUCAAAAACUAGCUACUCCGUAUAA